GAUCGAUAUGGGCGGCCAAACGAACGAGGGGCGUGGAGAUCGCCCCCUCCUCCACCGCUGCCCCGCCUCUUCCUCCUCCCCGUGUUGUUGUUCUUUUUGUUCCUCACGCUGACGUCGACCGCGACUGCGACUGCGGCGUCGACGGCGGCAGAGGGUCAGGUGCAUUCGAAUCCGGAAAAUCAGCUACAAAAUCCGGAAUCAACCAUCUCCGGAUCGAGUACAUCAUGCCCACGGAAGUGCAGUUGCCGGAAUAUAUCGGAAAACAUACACAGCCUCAAGAUUCGCUGCGACGAGCAGCAGAUAACCAACUGGCGGGAAUUGGAUUUCGGGGAGGAUGUGACCAGUAUUGUCAGCAUCAAUGCCAGUAAAAACUCCAUUGCCUCGAUUACCGCCGAUGAUUUCCGAAACUUUACGGAACUCAAGCGUUUGGAUCUGUCGUUUAAUCUACUCACUGAACUGGACAAGGAUACCUUCGGCCAUAGUCUGGCCCAUGUGGAGAAGCUGAAGCUGGCCGGGAAUGCCAUAAGCCAUAUAUAUGAAGGCACCUUCGAUCAUAUGCACAAACUCAAGCAGCUCGACCUGUCUGGAAAUCCGUUGGCCUGCGAUUGCGGUUUGAUCUGGUUGAUUGCCUGGUCCAAUGCCCGGGAUGUGCGCCUCCAACCGCCACCGAAAUGCGAUUCCCCGGGCAACUUUCGCGGGAUGCCGCUGAAGAAGCUGCGCGUGGGAAAAGACUUCCAUUGCGAGACGCUGCUGCAGCCGCUGCUCGAGCUGAUUCCCAGCCAGAAUCAGGUGGCCUUCGAGGGCGACGAGCUGCAGCUGAAGUGCUACGCGCCACGGGUGGCCAUUGGAGUGCCCAGGGAGAGCGAAGAUCUGCCCACGAAGGCGUACGUCUUUUGGGGCUGGUCGGAUAAGAUACGGGCCAAGAACUCCACGGAGGAUAUCAUUUACCAGGAUCCCGCAAAGGUCUUCGGCGAUGUGAACCUGGAGACGCGCCACUCCACGGACUCGGGCAUCCUGCAGUCGAUCCUCCGCAUCGCCAGCCUCACCCAGAAUCACACGGGCAUGUGGGACUGCACGCUGCGCAGCCAGCAGGCGAAUCUCUCGCAGGCCAUCGUCCUGCAUGUGGUGGCCAAGGGCACGCUCUACUGCGAGGCGCGCGUGGUGCACACCAACAAGGGCACCUACCACUGGCCGCGAACGAUGCGCGGCGAAACGGUGCUGCAGGAGUGCGUCGAGGAGCCCAGCGACGCCACCCAAUCCCGGCGAGCUUCGCACGAGUGCGGCCCCUCUGGCGAGUGGCUCAACUUGGACACGGAAAGUUGUGUGUACGUCAGCGAAACCACGCGCAUCCUCGAGCAGUUUGCCAAGGUGAAUCUGACGCUGACGAAGGGUCAGAAUGCCCUCGAGAUUGCCCGGCGUUUGCACAACUUCACGCAGGCACAAACGCAGCUGAACCGCAUCCGGGAUCCGAUGGACUUGGAGUACAUAGCCCGCACUUUGGUCAAGUACUUGGAUCAGCUGGAGCAGCCGCAGCAGCAGCAGGAGAUCAGUCACCUGCUGAUGGACAUCGUGUCGCAGCUGUUGAACCUGCCGGCGCACCUCUUUCGGGCCGCUCAAUCCGAACAGGGAACGGGUCAACGGUUGCUCCACGUCGUCGAAUCCUCGGCGAUGCGUCUGGCCCUGGCCAGCACACAAGCGGAACCGCUGCCCGCGGAGAUGAUUCCCUGGCGCGGAUCGCUGGCCCAGCAGCGGAAUCUCUUCGUGGAGUUCUUCAACAUCAGCCUGGAUGCCUUCGUCAGUCUGUCGUGCGUUUGGCUGGAGCAGAGUCCGCGUGGAUUCCAGUGCAAUAGCGCAAACGACACGAUUCCCAUGUACGAACACGGCGACAUCGAUGCCGCCAUUCAGUUGCCGUACAGCGUGAUUGGAAAUGGUUCCACCACCAGUUCUACGCAGUCGAUUCGCAGUCUCCGCCUGAUGAUAUCGCUGCACCGGAAUGGCAAGCUGCUGCCCAAUCUGCGUGGCAGCCACAACGAGUCCCUGUCGUCGGCGAUCAUUGGCAUUCUGGCCUACAGCAGCGAAGGCGAGGCGAUGCAGUUUCGGGCGGAGAACGAGCUGGAUCCCGAGGAGGAUGUCUACCAGCAGAGGGUGACGGUGAUGCUCAGAGCUCAUCCGUACCACAAUCCACUGAGUGCACCGCAGCCCGCCUGGUGGGAUGCCGAGGAGCAGCGCUGGGAGCCGAGUGUCUGCCAGCAGCACUACCAGCAUCGCACCCUGGUGAUGUUCAGCUGCAGUCGCACUGGCUACUACGGCCUGCUGCAGCGGAGUCGCUACUUGAACGACUUCCGGAGCGAGGAGUCGGGCGCCCGGUUUCGUCAUCCGCCGGCUGCCGUUUACGCGGGAUGCGGCCUGCUCUUCGCCUGCUGCGCCUUCAAUGCGGUCACCUUUGCCGUCUUCGGCAGGGCAGUAAGGAUCAAUCGGGUGCAGCGGCAUGCUCUGGUGAACACCUGGCUGGCACUCGGAGCUCUGGCCUUGGCCUUCUCGCUGGGCAUCUAUCAGACGGCCAGCCAGCCGCAGUGCAGACUGCUGGGACUGCUGAUGCAUUACCUGGGACUGUGCGUGCUGCUUUGGGUUUGCGUGAGCUUGAGCAGCAUGUACAAGCGGCUGACGAAGACGACGACGUCGUCGGGACAGGCGCAGUGCCAGGGACAGGAGAUGGAGCCGCAGCGGGAGAGGGAACGCAAGCCCAUCCUCGGCAUCUACCUGGUGGGAUGGGGCAUCGCCCUGCUCAUUUGCGGCAUCAGCAGCGCUGUGAAUCUGGCGGAAUAUGCCACCUACGACUUUUGUUUCCUGCACAGCGCCACCACCUUGAAUGCUCUGCUCGUGCCAGCCGUGAUCCUGGUCAUCUUCUGUGGGAUCCUGGCGCUGUGCAUCUACUACCAGCUGAGUCAGCAGGCGGUGAAUGUGCUGCAGCUGCAGAUGCAACAGCAGCAGCAUCGCCAGUACUCGGACAACAACACGCAGGCCACGGAGCACAUCGAUCUGGACUGGCUGGAUGCCAAUGGCAGUGCGACGACGGCGGCCUUGGGUGGCGGUCGCAAGGAGCAGGAUCACAUGCAGGAGCAGUACAGCACGCUGAGUAACCCCUUGAGCAGCAUUGUGGAUGACUUUGAGCGAUCGAAUCUCUCCCACUUGAGGGGUCACUUUAUAUUUCUAAUCCUGUACGCCGGCGCCUGGUUGUCCGCUGCUGCGUAUAUAACCAAUGGCCAGGAGCUGUACGUGCUGUGCUUCGCCGGCUGCUGUUCGUGCCUGGGCAUCUUCCUGCUGAUCUUCUACAACCUGAGCAGGAACGAUGCGCGGCAGGCGUGGUCGCAGGGCAGGAGAUCGCAGGGCAGACCCGCCAAGCUGGUCACCUACAACAAUGGCAGCCAGGCGAGGGGCACCCUGCCAGCGGGAAUGAUGCCGGGACCGGGAACAGCGAUGAUCAGCAACUCCAUAGUGGCCUACAAGGCGAAUCCCGGUCCGGGCAGCCUCUACGAGGCCAACAACUCGGCGGGAUCGCGAUCGAACAGCCAGUGUUCGCGGAGCAUGCGCAGCCAAACCAGAAGCCAGACGCGGAGUCAGCAGGAGCAGUUGCUCCAGGCGAACGGAGCGGGCGGAGUGACCAUCAUAAACAACACAAGUGGACAGCAGGGAGCAGCGGCAGCAGCUGGCGGGGUAACUGGCGCCGGAGGAGGUGGAGGAGCAGGUGGUGGAGCUGUGCCACCGCAUAGCCUGAAUGCACUGCUCCAUGGAUCCAGUCACGACCUGAUACCCUCGGCGGAGAUCUUCUACAACCCCAAUCAGAUUAAUGUGGCGCGCAAGUUCUUCAAGAAGCAGAAGCGCCUGGCCAAGCGCAACAACUUCGAGCUGCAGCGGCAGACGAUGCCGCAGAUGCAGCUCCAGAUGCAGAUGCAGAUGCAGCUGCACAGCCAGCACAGCUUGAGCGACGCCAGCUCGGAGCAGCUGUACAGCCGGCACCACAAUGCGAUGACUCUUCUGGCCGGAGGCAGCAAGAUCAACAACACGAACCUGCACUACAAGCACCAGGGAUCCCCGAUGGCCGGGGGGCCCAAGGAGCACGCUUCUGGCGGGGAUUCGAUGCAGUUCAAGCGCUUUGUGCCCGCCAGCGCCUCCUCGGCUAGCAAGAUCAUGCAGGCCAAUAUCUACACCAACAUCCCGGAGACCCUAACUCCCCAGCACGAGGUGAUCAAGCUGCGGGCCAAUGGAAGGACGCGGACACCUUCGCUGCUGGACGAAACGCUGCACGAGCAGGACGACGACGAGGAGGAGGAGGAGGCGGAGGAGGAGGAGGAGCGUGUCCAGCCCAUGGCCACGGCAAUGGUCGAGGAACCCGAACCGGAACUGGAGGACGAGGAUGCCAGCUCCCUGGAUGAGCACGCCCCGCUGUAUGCCAACACCUUACCGCCGGCGAGCGGAAUGAGCAGUCUGUUCCGCAACCGAGGAGGAGGAGGAGGCGGUGGACACCAACCCAUUAGCGCUUCCACGCCCGUCAAGCAACCCAGCCUGGAGGCCAUGAACAGUCUGGGUCUGCCGGAGGUCAGCCUCGAGGAGCCGCUGCUGCAGAAGCACGAGAUCUACGUGUCCAACUCGCUGCAGGUGACCACCAGCAACAGCAUCCAGCUGGACGACGACUUCCCCAGCGUGCUCAUUCGCUUCAGCCAGCAGCAGCAGUCCAAGUCGCUGAACAACAUCAGUGAGAUGCUGGCUGGCGCCACUCCCUCUGGGUUGGACAGCCUGGAGGAGUCUGGCGGUGAGUCCGGCGGUGGCCAGCUGUCUGGCAAGGAGGCCAGCACGCUGGAGGAGCAGCAGUUGCAGCAGCAGCAAUUGCGACAGGUUUACUCCUGUUCGAGCAGCAAUCUCAGCCAGCUGAAGGGUCAUCAUCAUCAUCCGGCCACCUCGGUGGACGCGGAGGACGAUGGUCGACUGCUGUCCGGGAGUCCGACGAACGAGAGCGAUCUGAACUACCAGAACUCGGAGAUCAGCAUACGCAGUCAUGGACUGUACGCUCCCCAGGCGGACAACGAUCUGAAUCUGACGCUAACCGAUGACUUCCGCUGCUACCAAUCCUCGAAUGCCAGCGAUGCGGAUGUGGAUGUCCUCAACGAGUUCGACGAUGAGUUUGUGGCCGCCACUGGUGGCGAGCGGGUGGCCGGGGAUGUGGUGGAGGAUCAUCACCACGAUCACGACCAGGACACCUCCAUCGAUGAGCUGUACGAGGCGAUCAAGUGCCGCAGUCCGUUGAGGAGCAAACAGGAGCAGCAGACGACCACCGUCGAGCGCUUCGAGAGAGAAAGGGAGCGCGAACGCGAGAAAGAGAUGGAGAUGGAGAUGGAAAUGGAGGCCAAGCAGAUGAGCAAUUCCCACAACGAAAAUCUCAACGAGACGAUCGAGGACGACAGCAGCCAGAGCAGCGUGAUCUCGUACAUCGAUCCCCGGGCGGCCAACGAGGCGCCACGCCCCUUUCCCAGCUAGCUCAGCCCGACCGUAGUUAGAUGUAUAUAGAAUAUAUACAAGAUGUAUAACCAGAUGAAAGCCCAACCCACCAACCCACCCGCUUGGCCGGCCAACGAAAUAUUCGCGCGCCAAUGCCAAAGUAUUCCUCCAACUAUUUUUUGUACCCAACCCACUGACACUCCCCGAUCUAUAUAUAUAUAUAUAUAUAUUUGAAUAUAUAUAUUUUGGGAGUGCUUAUAUCCUAAGUUCAUCCACUCAGCAAACCAGCUAAACAACACGAACUUGUAAUUAUAGUAAGGCCCUUCCCCUAUUUAUUCUGACUAGUAUUACUCCACUUCACACACUCACCACGGAGCCAACUUCAUCCCACUCAUCCAAUUAGCUGGUCACUAGGCUAGAUCGUUCUGCAUUUCAUCAUCAAUGACUCGGAAUCGGAAUCGGAAUCACCGCACCCGAAACGCAAGUCCUACACGCAUUUGAUAAGUUUUAAAUUUUGGUAAAGCAAAAUGCAUUUAAACGUAGGCUAAGUUUAUAUUUAGAUAUAAAUAAAUGAAAUGUUCACUUAAA